CAAAAUAAUACAUGAAUCCAUCCUGUCUAGCUCUAAAAAAUCAGCCUCCCCCCUUCAAUCAUUGCUGACUUACUCCGUCUUAUUUGCACACGCCAUAAUUUAUUUCCUCCCAUAAUUUAUUAUCUCAUUCCGCAUCUCCGAACUCGUUGAGCAUUCGAGGAAGGCGGAGUGUAUCUUUUGGUCUUACUGCUAAUUGUUUUUCUGCGUCUUCAUUGAAGUUUUGAAUUUGAACCCGAAGGGAACGGAGAACCAAAAGAAAAUCAAUCACGAUGAUCAAUCGCCUUCUUGGAUACCCUCUAAAGACAGCCUCCUACAAGGUUGGCUCCUAUGUAAAAUGUCUUCCUAUUGUUAGUGGUUUGCAUGGAACUAUUAUUUACAGUCACUCUCCAGCUAGAUGGAGUAGUGCAAAGGCAUCUGAUGAUUCAAGCACCUACGAAAGAGGAUUCAAAGGUCAUGAUAUGUUAGCACCCUUUACUGCCGGAUGGCAGACCACUGAUCUGGAUCCCUUAAUAAUAGAAAAGUCUGAGGGUUCCUAUGUCUAUGAUGCGAAUGGGAAGAAGUAUCUUGAUUCCCUUGCAGGUUUAUGGUGCACAGCUUUAGGGGGAAAUGAACCCCGACUUGUUGAUGCUGCUACGAGACAGCUGAAUACUUUGCCAUUUUAUCACUCAUUUUGGAACCGUACAACAAGGCCUUCAUUGGACCUUGCCAAGGAGCUUCAAGAGACAUUUACUGCAAAAAGAAUGGCAAAAGUUUUUUUCACCAAUAGUGGAUCUGAAGCAAAUGACACACAGGUGAAGCUGGUAUGGUAUUACAACAAUGCACUUGGAAGGCCAAACAAGAAAAAAUUCAUUGCUCGUGCAAAAUCAUAUCAUGGAUCGACACUCAUCUCAGCAAGUCUUUCUGGCCUUCCAGCACUACAUCAGAGUUUUGAUCUGCCUGCCCCAUUUGUAUUGCACACUGACUGCCCUCAUUAUUGGCGCUAUCAUCUUCCAGACGAGACGGAGGAGGAAUUCUCAACUAGGUUGGCAAAUAACUUGGAAAAUCUUAUCCUCAAAGAAGGACCCGACACAAUAGCUGCUUUCAUUGCGGAGCCUGUCAUGGGAGCAGGCGGUGUUAUUCCGCCACCAGCUACUUAUUUUGAUAAGGUUCAAGCUGUAGUUAAAAAGUAUGACAUUCUUUUCAUUGCGGAUGAGGUGAUAUGUGCAUUUGGCAGGCUUGGGACAAAAUUUGGCUGUGACAAAUAUAAUAUCAAACCCGAUCUUGUCUCCAUAGCUAAGGCUCUUUCUUCUGCAUAUAUGCCAAUUGGUGCUGUCCUAGUGAGCCCUGAAAUCAACGAAGUCAUCCAUUCCCAGAGCAGUAAAUUAGGUUCUUUUUCCCAUGGUUUUACUUAUUCUGGGCAUCCGGUUGCUUGUGCUGUUGCAUUGGAGUCACUAAAGAUCUACAAGGAGAGAAAUAUUGUUGAUCAAGUUAACAGAAUAGCUCCUAAAUUCCAAGACGGUAUAAAAGCGUUUUCAGACAGCCCAAUCAUCGGAGAGAUACGGGGGCUUGGCUUGAUCCUCGGAACAGAGUUUAGUGACAACAAGUCUCCCAAUGAUCCUUUCCCUUCUGAAUGGGGUGUUGGUGCUUAUUUUGGAGCUCAGUGUCAAAAGAAUGGGAUGCUCGUCCGUGUAGCCGGUGACAACAUAAUGAUGUCUCCUCCAUUUAUUAUGUCUCACGAAGAAGUUGACGAGUUGAUUAGUAUAUAUGGCAAGGCAUUGAGGGAGACUGAAAAGCGAGUAGAAGAACUCAAAUCUCAGAAGUGAAGUGUGAUGAGGACGAAAGAUUAAUUCCAUUUAUAGCAGUGCAGUAAUUUAAAUAAGGCUGCUAAGGGAAUAAGAGACAUGAUCAGCUUCUUUAUUCAAUGUGUUCUUGUUACUUUCCGGGGUUGUUGAAAUUCGCCAAUUCCAAAACACAUAUUGCUCUCAACUUUUUAAUUUAUUACAACUUUAUUAAAUACCCAA